AUGGUUUCUCCGAUGAAGUCCGUUAAGAGUCUGGGAGACCCGGAAGCUGUCGUUGACGCCUACCGUCAACUGUAUCGUCAUGGGUUGAAGGCUGUGAACUAUUCGACGCCAGCUCGAUACGUCUUGCGGAACACUUUGCGCUCCUCAUUCCGUUCAUCGCCCCCAACAAACCUGGAUUUGCAGCGAGUAGCCAAUACCGUCCAAUUUCUCCAGAGAGCUGCCGAAUUUGCAGGCAUAGAACACAAGAUCUUGAAGAACAUGUUGAUCAUGAAGUAUUGGCAAACUCCAUAUAUCGGGAGAGACCUGCGGCCUAUCAGAGGUAUGAAGAUGGAUCCCGCGGAUCCUAAGAUCAAGGAGGAUGCCAAUCAGCAAUUCAAGUUGACUUUAAAGCUCCUUAAUGAGAGCUUGGGCACAUGCCUAGUAUAA